AUGGAUGCUUCUGGCAGCAAGAGCUUAAAGAAGAGUCAGCAUGCCUACAUCGACUGCCUACCAACCUUUGACAACGUCCAGCUCGACCACAGCAUAACACGCAAUUUCGGCAAGACGUAUACAGCACUUCCAAUCAUUAUGAUCAGAGCCAGUAGGAUGCAGAAGGUGUUCAAGACAAAGAACGAGGUUAUCAGAAGGUUCUUUGGCCUGAGAAAGGAGAUCGCGAUGAUUGUGAGCGAGAGCAAUGACGGUGCUCCUGACGGCAAUACAGUGGUGAUGGAUGAGUACCUACACAGUAUAUCGCUUUCCUCUAGCAAGAUCCCAGCGAGAGCAGCAAAUCAACAGCCAGAGCAGGAUCAAUUCUGCAGUACCCAACCUCGAGAUUACAUAGCAGAGAAAGGGAGGUACCAGACAAGAGGGACGUUUUCGAGAUCCAUCGGACACCUCCUUGGUUUACCCGGAUCUGCCUUCGGCCUCUCAAUAUGGCCACUUCCAUCACUUCAUGGUCAACGAAAUAACUGUCGUCCUCACAAUCCAAGCGAGAAACGCGAAGCGCCAACCAGCUAG